AUAUCUCGAACCUCCGUUAUCUCGAACUUUCACUAUCUCGAACUUUUUUCUCAGUCCCUUGGACUGAUUUACGCUCGUUAUCUCGAACUCUUGAAGAGGAAUUUUGAAAAAAGAAGACCUUGCACUGCUUGUUUUAAAGUCACAAAAUGUUGCAAUAAAAAGAAGACAUUCCAUUGUAAAACAGGUAGAUUUUGCAAUGUUUUUUUUGUGAUUUCCUUUGUCAGAAUGCCACCGAAAAGAAAGCUCGUUGUAAAAACUUUGACAGAAAAAUGCCAAGCAUUAAAAGAAUUGGAAAAAGGUAUUCCAAAUAAAGAUAUCGCUAAAAAGUACGGGGUGCCUAAAAACACGAUAUCAACUUGGCUAGCCAAUAAGGAAAAACUUUUUUCUGCUCUCGAAAAAUCUUCGAGCAAGAAAAGAAAGAUCAGAGAUGGUAAAUUCUCAGAAGUAGAUCUUGUCGUGUUCAAAUGGUUUGUUUCACAACGAAGCAAAAACAUACCAAUCGAUGGGACAAUACUAAAGGAGAAAGCUAAAAGCUAUGCACAGGAGCUUGGAGUAGAAGAUUUCAAAGCUUCAGACGGUUGGCUUGGUAAAUGGAAAAAAAGGUAAGAAUAUUAAAUCUCUUUUUUUCGAAUUGGUUUUAUUUUGAUAUUAAAAUCUUAAAAAGACUAAC